AUGAUCCCAGGCAAAAGAUGGAUAAUAACUUUCAUAAAUACAUUUAAUCCCAAUAAUUAUAUAUUCGAAUCUUAUAUUGAUACUGAAAAAGGAAUAGGUAUUACUUAAGAGAAUUUAGAGUAUCAAUUUAUUAUAAAGUAGAUAGACAACUCAAGCUUAUUGA